CGCCGGGGUUGGCGUGUUUUGGAGGGCCGGGGGAAGUGGGAAGGCGAUACUGUUGCUUAUCUAUUUGAUCCAAUUGCCUUGAUCUUGUUUUGUUCUUCGGAUCGAUAUUUGUGCCUGGCAUACAAACCAAGCAAGAAGCAGCCGCAAUCAUGUAUGAAGAGGAAGAUAUGUAUGAGGAUGAAGAGCAGGAGGAGAUCUCCUCGGAGCUCUGGCAGGAGGCCUGCUGGAUCGUCAUCAACUCCUACUUCGACGAGAAGGGCCUGGUCCGGCAGCAGCUGGACUCGUUCGACGAGUUCAUCCAGAUGUCGGUGCAGCGGAUCGUGGAGGACUCGCCGGCCAUCGACCUGCAGGCGGAGGCGCAGCACACCUCGGGCGAGAUCGAGACGCCGCCGCGCUACCUGCUGAAGUUCGAGCAGAUCUACCUCUCGAAGCCGACCCACUGGGAGACGGAUGGCGCGCCGAGCGCCAUGUUCCCGAACGAGGCGCGCCUGCGCAACCUGGUCUACUCGGCCCCGCUCUACGUGGACAUCACGAAGACGGUCAUCAAGGACGGCGAGCAGCCUGUUGUCACACAGGAGCAGAAGACCUUCAUCGGCAAGAUCCCCAUCAUGCUGCGCUCCACACACUGCCUGCUGUCGGGCCUGACGGACCGCGAUUUGACGCAGCUCAACGAGUGCCCGCUCGACCCGGGCGGCUACUUCAUCAUCAACGGCUCGGAGAAGGUUCUCAUCGCCCAAGAGAAAAUGGCGACCAACACGGUGUACGUGUUCAGCAUGAAGGAUGGCAAGUACGCGUUCAAGGCGGAGAUUCGCUCGGCGGUGGAGUACUCGUCUCGGCCCACCUCUACGCUGUGGGUCAACAUGCUGGCCAGGAGCGGACAGAACGUGAAGAAGUCUGCGAUCGGUCAGCGGAUCAUCGCCAUCUUGCCGUACAUCAAGCAGGAGAUCCCGAUCAUGAUCGUUUUCCGAGCGCUGGGCUUCGUCGCCGACCGGGACAUCCUCGAGCACAUCAUCUACGACUUCGACGACCCCGAGAUGAUGGAGAUGGUGAAGCCCUCGCUGGACGAGGCGUUCGUCAUCCAGGAGCAGAACGUGGCGCUCAAUUUCAUCGGCGCUCGCGGAGCCAAGCCGGGCGUGACGAAGGAGAAGCGCAUCAAGUACGCGCGCGAGAUCCUGCAGAAGGAGAUGCUGCCCCACGUCGGCGUGUCCGACUUCUGCGAGACCAAGAAGGCUUACUUCCUCGGGUACAUGGUGCACCGUCUGCUGAUGGCCUCGCUGAGCCGGCGCGAGCUGGACGACCGUGAUCACUACGGCAACAAGCGGCUGGACCUGGCCGGACCGCUGCUGGCCUUCCUCUUCAGGGGGCUGUUCAAGAACCUGCUGAAGGAGGUCCGCAUGUACGCCCAGAAAUUCAUCGACAACGGCAAAGACUUUGGCCUGCACCUGGCCGUCAAGACCUCCACCAUCACGGACGGCCUCAAGUACUCACUGGCCACCGGCAACUGGGGUGACCAGAAGAAGGCGCACCAGGCGCGCGCCGGCGUCUCCCAGGUGCUGAACCGGCUGACGUUCGCCUCGACGCUGUCCCACCUGCGACGGGUGAACUCGCCGAUCGGCCGCGACGGCAAGCUGGCUAAGCCGCGCCAGCUGCACAACACGCUCUGGGGCAUGAUCUGCCCGGCCGAGACGCCCGAGGGCGCCGCCGUCGGUCUGGUGAAGAACCUGGCGCUGAUGGCCUACAUCUCGGUCGGCUCGCAGCCGUCUCCCAUCCUCGAGUUCCUGGAGGAGUGGAGCAUGGAGAACCUGGAGGAGAUCGCGCCCAGCGCCAUCAUCGACGCCACCAAGAUCUUCGUGAACGGUUGCUGGGUGGGGAUCCACCGGGACCCGGAACAGCUGAUGACCACCCUGCGCAAGCUGCGCCGCCAGAUGGACAUCAUCGUGUCAGAGGUGUGCAUGGUGCGGGACAUCCGGGACAGGGAGAUCCGCAUCUACACGGACGCCGGCCGCAUCUGCCGGCCGUUGCUCAUCGUGGAGAAGGGCCAGCUGCUGCUGAAGAAGCGGCACAUCGACAUGCUGAAGGAGCGGGAGUAUAACAACUACAGCUGGCACGACCUGGUGGCCUCCGGCGUGGUGGAGUACAUCGACUGCCUGGAGGAGGAGACCACCAUGAUCGCCAUGACGCCGGACGACCUGAGCGGCGAGAAGGACAACGUCUACUGCACCACCUACACCCACUGCGAGAUCCACCCCGCCAUGAUCCUGGGCGUCUGCGCCUCCAUCAUCCCCUUCCCCGAUCACAACCAGAGCCCGAGGAACACGUACCAGAGCGCCAUGGGUAAGCAGGCCAUGGGCGUGUACAUCACCAACUACCACGUGCGCAUGGACACGCUGGCGCACGUGCUGUUCUACCCGCAAAAGCCGCUGGUGACCACGCGCAGCAUGGAGUACCUGCGCUUCCGCGAGCUGCCAGCCGGCAUCAACUCGAUCGUGGCGAUCGCCUGCUACACCGGCUACAACCAGGAGGACUCGGUGGUCAUGAACGCCUCGGCCGUGGAGCGCGGCUUCUUCCGCUCCUGCUUCUACCGCAGCUACAAGGACGCCGAGACGAAGAAGAUCGGAGACCAGGAGGAGACGUUCGAGCGGCCGUCGCGCGACACGUGUCAGGGCAUGCGCAACGCCAUCUACGAGAAGCUAGACGAUGACGGCAUCGUGGCGCCGGGCGUGCGCGUCUCCGGCGAUGACGUCAUCAUCGGCAAGACAAUCGUGCUGCCCGAGAAUGACGACGAGCUGGAGGGAUCGGCCAAGCGGUUCACCAAGCGAGACGCCUCCACCUUCCUCCGCAACUCGGAGACGGGCAUCGUCGACCAGGUGAUGCUGACGCUCAACAACGACGGCUACAAGUUCACCAAGAUUCGCGUGCGCUCCAUUCGGAUCCCACAGAUCGGCGACAAGUUCGCCUCCCGGCACGGGCAGAAGGGUACGUGCGGUAUCCAGUUCCGGCAGGAGGACAUGCUGUUUACGUCUGAGGGCAUCACGCCCGACAUCAUCAUCAACCCGCACGCCAUCCCCUCUCGGAUGACCAUCGGCCAUCUGAUCGAGUGCCUCCAGGGCAAGGUCUCGGCGAACAAGGGCGAAAUCGGCGACGCCACGCCUUUUAACGACGCCGUCAACGUGCAGAAGGUGUCGGAGCUGCUCAAAGACUACGGAUACCACCUGCGAGGCAACGAGAUCAUGUACUGCGGCCACACGGGUCGCAAGAUGCAGGCGCAGAUCUUCCUCGGGCCCACCUACUACCAGCGUCUGAAGCAUAUGGUGGACGACAAGAUCCACUCUCGGGCGCGCGGGCCCGUUCAGAUCCUGGUGCGCCAGCCGAUGGAGGGCCGCGCCAGGGACGGCGGGCUCCGGUUCGGUGAGAUGGAGCGCGACUGUCAGAUCGCGCACGGCGCCGCCCAGUUCCUGCGCGAGCGCCUGUUCGAGGUCAGCGACCCGUACCGCGUGCACGUCUGCAACUUCUGCGGCGUCAUCUGCAUUGCCAACCUUCGCAACAACACGUUCGAGUGCAAGGGCUGCAAGAACAAGACUCAGAUCUCGCAGGUGCGCAUCCCGUACGCGUGCAAGCUGCUGUUCCAGGAGCUCAUGUCGAUGAACAUCGCGCCGCGCAUGAUGGUGCUCAACAGCUGAGUGGCCGGCCGUCGCUGGUGGUCCGUGCGGAGCGGCCGGCGCGGCGGGCGGCUGACCCCUGCCCCCCGGCCGGGCGGCUGCAGCGCCGGGGUCAGGGUCCGCCCGUCGGCUGAUAGAUCGCGGCGCAGGGUGGACGCCGGACGGCUGUCCCACGGCGGGUCAGGCCGCUGUCCCGCCCGGCCCGCGUGCUGGUCGGAGCGAGGCCGGCGGCGGGGAGGGUCGCUCGGCGGAGUGAAGACGUCGGGAGUGGCAGAGGGCCGGCUCCCCUGAGCUCUGUGAUUGUGACGGGAGCAGAGAGUGCAUGUUUUGCGCGCGCAAUGGUGGAGUGCUGUUCGCUGGACAUAUCGGAACUAUCCAUUCUCCUUCCGGGAUGGUCUUAACGCCACGUCAUCGCUCUGUUCAUCAUUAUCAUCGCCAAAUCGGUUCGCAAUACACGGUUUGGCAAGCAG